AUGUCGUCCGACGGAUCCCCUUACCUCUCAUCUGUUGAUAACACCCUCGUCGACAAACGAAUGUCGCUCCCCAGUUACCUCCGCUCCCCCACCGUGUCAGAAGUAGGAGACUUUGAGGCUACAUUCGUUAGAGAAGAAACUCGCAUGCUCAGCAUGAGAGAACAAGAGGAUCAAAUGGAGGAAGUAGCCAGGAGAGAAACUUACCUCACAACCCCCGUCGCAUACAUGAUGGGACUUAUCGAGGGGACGCCUAACACAGAGUUUGUGUCAGGACCGACUAGACCGGAGAUUCAGAGGGCAUUAGAGAUCUUGGAAGAGGAAAGGAGUUUUGUUCGACACGCACAGCGAGCCUUGCAGAUCCGAGAGGGCACGAUCAUCACCCGUAUUAAUGCUGGAGAGCGAAAACUCAUGGGCUUGCAGAACCUUCGAGACUCCUUUCAUCCUGCCGACGACCCCACUCCCUCUACCGAGUAUCACAUGCCUACCACGGCUGUGGUAUCUCGUGCCUCGUCUUCGGCCUCAAAUGGCGCUCCGCUUCGCCCAAUGCCGGGGACUUACCCUACAAGGACUGACAGGGAGCGAGACGUAUAUCGGUUCACACAAGUCUCCCCCCGCUAUCACAUCACCCCCGCACGACUCGGCCUCAUUCGCCCUUCGACACGAACCCAACCUCCUCUUCCCUUCACUGAAUACGACUCUAGCAAGUCCGACACCGCGCCCGUUAUACUCCGCCCUCGUGGAGCUUAG